UUGUCAAAUUAAGCAUGCAAAUGAGGAUUAGUCCGAGUCACGAAGUGGGAAAUUUCAAGCUUAGAUCGAUCCGGAUCGACCAACCGAUCGAUCCCACAUAGUAUUCCAAGGUGGCUGGCGUAGGAAUGCAAAAUGGCCUUUAAAAUGGGCAUAGCUAGUAGCAUUACUGCAGUACUAUAUACUCCAAUGGCAGUCACUCCAAGUCUCUGGUAGUUCAUUUUGAGCUUGUGCUCUUGAACUUCCAUGUUUAUAGAUCUCCAUAUAUAGAAUCUCCAAGUUUUUUGUUUCUGCAAAGAAAUUAAACCUUUUGCCAGGGCACACACGUACACCAUGUUUGGUUUCACUAUGAUUAAUUUAGAUCAUAAUCUGGGAAGUUUCCAGCUUGCACCACUUCUGUUCUUAGCCUCCCUGAUUUAUAUCUUGUCAAAUAUUAUAUUUUUCAUCACCAAACGUUCACCCAAAGUUUUCUUACUAGAUUUUGCUUGUUACAAGCCUCCACCCACUCAGAUGUGCAGCAAAGAAAAGUUCAUAGAAAGGUUUAAGAUAUAUGGGAACUCACACGAGGCCAGUAUAGAGUUCAUGAGGAAACUGCUGGGGAGAUCAGGAUUGGGUGAGAAGACAUACAUGCCAUCGAAUCUGCUGAGGGAUCCUCCGGAUCUGUCCAGAGAAGAGACGAUGAGAGAGGUUGAGACAGUGAUGUUUGGCGCAGUGGAUUUGUUACUGGAAAAGACGGGAGUGAAUGUUAAGGAAAUAGGGAUAGUAAUAGCCACAACUAGUAAUCUUAACGUUGUACCGUCGCUUGCUGACAUGGUAGUUCAUAGGUAUAAGCUUGGACAGAAUGUUCUGGUCUACAAUUUUACGACCAUGGGAUGCAGUUCUGGACUUAGAGCAGUAGGCCUCGCCCAAAAGCUACUCCAGGUGCACCCUAAUACGUAUGCCCUUUUGGUUAGUCCAGAGAACGCUAAGCAAACAAUCUACAAAGGCAACGAGAAGUCCAAACUCUUCAUAAAUUUCCCAUUCCGUGUCGGUGGGGCCGCCAUUCUUCUUUCUAACCGGUCGUCCGAUCAUGACAAAGCAAAGUACGAGCUUAUCCACUCUGUCCACACCCAAACUGCUAGUUCCGACCGUUCCUACAAGAGCAUUUUCGACGAAGAAGACUCCGAAGGAAUAUGGGGUGUCACCAUAAGCAGAGAUCUCUUAGCGGUGGCCAUUGAGGUUGUCGAAGCCAACAUCCGUGCACUUGGUUCCCUCGUCCUUCCCUUAUCUGAGAAAAUCAGAUACCUCACAAACUAUUUUAUCAGAUACUUCAACAUCGCCGAUGUUAAACCCUACAUCCCAAACUUCAAGAAAGCAAUAGAGCACGUGUUCCCACAUGUCGGCACAAAACCUGUUCUGGACGAGUUUGAGAAAAACCUAGGGUUCAAGGAGGCCGACAUCGAAGCUUCGAGGAUGAACUUGUUCAGGUUUGGGAACACUUGCAGCUGCUCUGUUUGGUAUGCGCUGUCUUAUGGCGAGGCUAAGGGGAGGAUAAAGAAGGGAGACCGCUUGUGGCAGAUUGCAUUCGGGUCUGGAUUCAAGUGCAGCAGUGCCGUUUGGCGAGCUUUGAGGACUGUUGGUGGUGACGAGAGGAACCCGUGGAAGGAUGAGAUCGAUGAGUUUCCGGUGGACGUGAAGAAUAUUCAAACUUAUUCCGAGUUAUUUGAACCGACCAAAAAGAAAUAAAGGCAGGACUUUUGGAUCCAUGGAUUGAAAAUGCCUGUGGGAAUUAGCGAUAAAUCACUUUAUUUGGUAACUCUCGCUGCAGUAAUUUGUUUCUGUCGGUUUUAGUAUUUAUUGCUACAAUAGCUUGUUUCUGUAGCUGUAAUUUUAUAAUCCUUAAAAUUUCAAUAUACUUAUAAAUGCUCCUCUA